CCGUUUCAUUUUCGAUCGGACGCCGGAUCUUUGGCCGUAAACCUCCUUGUCGCUACGAAAAGUUCGUCUUUACUUUAGGAUUCGGCAACUCAAUCUUUUGCUUUUCGCCAGCACAACACAAAUUAGUAAACCUCUAAAUCCUAGCAUCGCCGCUGGCGCCACCGUUGGGCGACUCAAUUGUGGGGUUAAGGGUUUUGAUCUCCGGGGAUUUGGAUACUUUUUUUUUAAUAAAGUCAUAAUAUUGAGGAACCAAAGUGGUUGCCAGAUGAUGAUUUGGGGGAUGAUAUUUGCGCAAGGGCUUUGAGUAGUUUCCGUGGCUGACAAAGCCAUGGCAGCGAAUGAGAAACAAACCCCACCCAAAUGUGUCUUCGUGAUGGCAACAUAUGGUCGAACAAGUUGGCUUCCAGUUCUUCGGCUGUGCUUGGUUUCUGGUGCAUUCUUCUGGGUCUGCGUUCUUUGAAUUGUUUUCGCAACAUUCUCAGCUGCAUGAGCUUCCAAUGAGUACUGGUUAUUAGGGUAUAAGGGAGCAUUUUUAUUUCCAAUGAAGCAUAUAUCCAAGAUUAUUGCAUUGCUCGGAGCUCUGCCUUUUGGAUUGCCCUCUUGCAGGCAUGGCAUCUGUUGUUUAAUUUUGUGCCUUGCUAUAUUUGGGGUGGCGAGCCUCGUCUAUAUUAGCGGUUACAUGGGACGCGUGUUAGUUUAAUCUUGGUAUUUUGAACAUUUCGGUUUGUCGAACUGCCUCUUUUUGGCAUCUGAUCGCGCAUAGAAGCUGAUUUAAGCUACCAGCCUGCCAUGUAUACUUUGCUACUUGGUUCGUCUGAACAGACUUUAUGCUUGAGAGGAUCAAAACUUAGAUAUAGACAGAGGUACAGAAGCUUAAUACGAAAAAAACGUGGAUAAAACCAAACGGAGAUUGAAGACGAACGACAUGGUGAUUUACCCUUGUUGAUUAUACAGAAAUACUUUGGCGUGUAAAUGAUUGGUAGUUAAAUGCUUAUCUAGCCUUUUGAUAGAACGGUUCCUUGAUACUCUCCACAACUGCCAAAUAUUAUUGUCCUGUCAUUGACCUGCUAUUGGUUACUGAUCGUAGUAGGGGUUAUGCAAUUUCCUGCUUGCUCUCGAGAAGCAUUGUUGUUAAAGCUGGUGAGUUCCCUCUGACCUCUGUUCUUUCUUUCUUGCCUGCUGUUUUCUUUUUUACUUUCCCCCCCAAGUUGUAUUGUUCAGAUUUCUAUUGAGUGAGAAUGCGGGAAGUGUACCCUAUAGGUUGGUGCUACGUUUUGCAUGUGUGUCUAAAGAUGCUAAAGCACCGGGACAUCUUGGUGGUGUUUCUGGAUACUUGCAAACUUUGCAAUGCAUUGUGGUUUGUGCUAGCAGGACAUUGUUGAGGCAAAAUAAUUUUCUACAGCAAAAAGGGGGUUGAUGUUGCUUCAUAUUGAUGACUGUUCAUGAUGUGGAAAGGUAAGUUAUUUUUGCUGCGAAAAGGAUCUGAGUUGCAUUGCAGGGGAUCUGAGUUAACCUGCCCUUGGUGGUGCCAUGGUGACGUUGAAUAUGCUUCUCGACUAUUUAAUCCACUUCCCCAGCACACCAGUUUGACAUUGUAGACAAUGUUCCUAUCAACUUUGCACAACUAAUGAUCUCACCAGUUCACUGCACAAGGUGAAGGCUUGUUGAUAUCUGGCAUACUUUAUUUAUUACUAUUUACAAUUGGGCUUUAAUUGUUGCCGUUGUUAUGAUUACAUCUUAAAAAUUGAAGCAAAGCAUUCACAAAAAGAAGGAAAGAAAAGGCACUACAAAAGGAGAUGAAGUUCCCACUGGCCGAGAUUCUUGUCUUGUCUCUCUUUACAUGUGCUUCUGGCAUGGAUUUUGGUCUUUGUUUAAUUAUCUAGGUCUCCCCUCUGUGUAGCAUAAAAAGUAGUUUUCUCUUAAAAUGACUAAUAUACAAAUAGGUUUUGCUUCGGUCUGUGUAAAAGAUACAGCACAUAGAAAGAAAGAAAGAGACAGAGGCAGGGACUAGUGGUGAGAUCCUUAAUUUUCCAGUGAUGAGAUCUUCUUCUAUGCCAGACCCUCCUCUUACAACUGGAGAGUACGAGGUUUUUCUGAGUUUCAGAGGGCCAGAUGUGCGCCAAACCUUUGCUGAUUGUCUUUACCACUUUCUUAUUCACUCCAAGAUUCGAACUUUUAGAGACGAGGAAGAACUGCCCAAAGGGGAGGAGAUAGCGCCUUCACUUGUCCAAGCUAUCUCUGAGUCCAAAAUCCUUAUCCCAAUCUUUUCGCAAAACUAUGCUUCUAGCAAAUGGUGCCUUCAAGAGCUGGCGAAGAUGGUGGAGUGCUGGAAGAAGCAGGGAAAGGGCGGUGGCCGAACCACCAUCCUCCCCAUUUUCUACUUGGUCGAUCCCAGAGAUGUGCGCCAUCAAGAAGGUGCUUACGAGGAAGCAUUCCGACGCCACAGUCUGAAACACGACCAACAAACUAUAAACCAAUGGAAGGAAGCCCUCCUUGAAGUUGGCAAAAUGAAAGGAUGGCACGUGGCAGGAUCAGAUGGACAUGGAGCUAUACUAGAGCAGAUCUUUGUUAAAGUUGAUUCACUUCUGAGAACUAAUUACACAUUGUUGACGGAUGAAUUGGUUGGAAUCGAUGUUCAUGUAAACAAAGUGGUCCAGCUGUUGAAUCUGGAUGCUGCAAGUGAAAUGAUUGUGGGUAUCCAUGGUAUGGGUGGCAUUGGCAAGACCACCAUAGCAAAGACAGUCUUCAAUAAGGUUUGCACUCAUUUCGAUCGCUGUUGUUUUAUCGAAGAUGUUCGAGAAACGUUAUUAAAGGCCGACGGUGUUGUAGUCUUACAAAAUAAGAUCAUUUCUGGUGUUUUGAGGUAUGAUCAUUGCAAUGUAAACAAUGCUAGCGAAGGAAUCCACAUGAUGGUAGAUAGAAUUUGCAAACACAGAGUUCUCAUUGUUCUAGAUGAUGUCGAUGCCAAGUUUGAGUUCGACAAAAUCUUCGGAAAGUUGGGAAAUUUCUCCUCAAAAAGUAGAUUUAUUAUUACAACAAGGGACAAAAGAGCUCUAGAGCUACUUCAAACAGAUAAGUUGCACGAACCAGGAGGUAUGAGUCAUGAUCACUCUCUUCAACUUUUUAGUAAACAUGCUUUUAAGAUGGAUAAUCCUCCAAAUGAAUAUACAGCUUUAGCUGAGAAGUUUUUAAAGGUCGCAGCAGGGUUACCUUUGGCACUCAAGGUUGUAGGAUCAUUGUUGUUUCGGACUGACAAAAAUUUCUGGAGAGCAAAGUUGAAGGAGCUAAAAGAAGUACCCACAGUAGAGGUGCAACAGAUUUUGAGGAUUAGUUACAACGAGCUAACUCCCAAUGAAAAACAGAUAUUUCUCGAUAUCGCAUGUGUUUUCAUAGGCGACUACAAAGAAGUGCCUUUUUAUAUGUGGAGUAGUUGUGAUUUUAAUCCAGAAAUUGGGAUGAGAACUCUGGUUCAUAGGUCUUUGAUUAGAAUCGAUGAAGAGGGCCAAUUGGGGAUGCAUGAUCAUCUUAGAGAUCUUGGCAGAGCUAUUGUUAACGAGGAAGAUGUUCAGAAUCCAUGCAAGCGCAGCAGGAUAUGGUCCAAUGAGAAUGCAUUGGACAUGCUAGCAAAUAGAGAGGGAGGUGAUCAGGUGGAAGUCCUCAGAGUUGACAUGAGAAAGAAUGAAGCUCGUCAUGAGUUCACAGAGAAGGAAUUCAAAAAUCUGUCUAGGUUAAGGUAUCUUGAAGUGAAUUAUGGCAGACUCUCUGGGGAUUUCAAAGAAGUUCUUCCCAGUCUAUGUUGCCUCCGACUACAUAGCUGUGAUUCAAUUCCCACUGAUCUUCACUUGAAGAAGUUGGUCAUUCUUGAUUUGAGCUUUUGUCCUAUUAAAGAAGGCUGGAGAGGCUGGCAGGGAAUCCAGAAGGCAAAGAAGCUGAAAGUUGUGAUUCUACUGGAGUGCCACGAGAUAAGGAGAGUUCCGGACUUGUCCCCGUGUACAAGCCUGGAGUUGAUAAAGCUUCUAAGCUGUUAUAAGAUGAAGGGGGACUUGCACAUUGCUGGUUUCAAGAACCUAAGAGUUCUGAGUCUCAGAUCUACUCAAAUAGCAAAGAUAAUAACCGGUGACAUGGAAAUGCUUGAAAAUCUGCUGGAGUUUAGCGCGGAGGAUGCUGGUUUGACAGAAUGGCCUGCCAGUCUUUCCAGAUUACCCUGUCUGGAAAUCCUGAAAAUGACAUCAUCAUCAUGCACAACAAUGUUGACGACGAGGGCCCUACUCCCCGAAAGCCUAAAGCAACUAUCCUUGUCCUCCCCGAGGGAAGCACCCUUACUCCCCACAAGUCUAAAGCAACUAUCCUUGUCCUCCCCAAGUGUUCCCAAUCUUAUGCAGCUUGUGGAGUUGGAGGAGCUUAAGUUUGAGGGGUGUGGUGAGGCAGGCCCUGAAAUCCCUGCAGAGAUAUGGCGCCUCUCCAAAUUGAGGACUCUGGAGAUCUCGUCAGCCUCCCCUGUCUUCGUAACGAUGGAGGGCUCCCUCCCAUCAUCCCUGACCAGCCUCCAGAUUCAUUUUUGUGCUGCUUUGGAGAAGCUCUCGGGCCUUGCGAACCUCACUAACUUGACAGAACUAAGACUUGUACAGGUCGGGGUAUCUGAGAUUUGUGGGCUAGGCGAGCUCACAGUGUUGACGACUCUGGAGGUACGUAAUGCCCCGAGGCUAAGUAGCCUCGACGGCCUUGAAAAUCUCGUGCUUCUCAUGAAACUGACGGUGAGCAACUGUGUGGUCCUGCCAAAACUUCCCGACCUAGUGAAACUGAUAAAGUUGCAGGCUUUAGAGAUUCAGGAGUGUCAGCUUCUAUCGAAAAUGCAAGGGAUGAUGACAAUGAAGGAAUCGUUAUCCCAUCUCGACAUAGGUCGGUGUCCCAGCUUAGACUGCAUCGAAGGCUUUGAGUCCCUGGCAUCUUCGCUAGAGACACUGUCAUGGUGGGAGCUGAAGAUGCAACCACCUGAUGCUAUCUCAAAGUUCAGGCACCUGAGCCGUUUAGCCUUUGUCCAAGUUGGUAAUCUGGUCACAACUCCUGAUCUCUCUGGCCUCCUGAACCUCAAACGCUUGGAGAUCCUGACGUGCAGACAGUUGAUCCAGAUUGUGGGGCUCGAUGGGCUGGAAUCGCUAGAGGUGCUCAUCAUAAAAACUUGCAGCUCGAUCAGGGAGUUGCCUAGCCUAUCUAGGCUCAAGAAUUUGCAGUGGUUACAGCUAACACUCUGCACGAAGUUGACCCACAUCACCGGGUUUGAGGGGUUGCAGUCUUUGCAAAAGCUCUUUGUAUAUCAUUGCUGGUCCAUUGCGGAGUUGCCUGAUCUGUCCAGCCUUCAUGAUCUGUGGGGGCUGUACAUUUUUAGGUGCAACAAGUUGACAGAGGUCAAGGGGCUCCGGGGAUUGGAGUCUUUGGGGAACCUAUCCAUUACAGAUUGCCGGUCGAUGAAGGACUUGGAAGAUCUAUCUAAGCUCAGUAAUCUGAGGGAAUUGAGGAUUACAGGAUGCAGAAUGUUGACCGAGGUCAAGGGAGUUGAGCGAUUGAUGUUGCUGCGAGUGCUGAAACUGGACCUCCGGUUUAGAGUCAGAUCGUUACUGAAAUCGGUUGCCAGAUACGUGACUCGACUCAUUACUCGCUUCCUGGGGCUCUUACUAAUUUUAGUUCUCGUGCUUUUCAUUUUCAACAGCCAGUGAAUGUGAGCGGUUGAAGUUAAAACCAAUGUCGGCUUAAGUGAUGAAUACUUAUCAAUUUGACAGAAUUCCAAUGAAUGUGACCAUUUCACUCUCGACUUCAUUUAUUAUAACACUUCAGAUUUUAUUGACAUUGAUGAAAUUGGAGCCCUUGUAGAGGAAAAAAGAAGCUUAUCUCGUUGUUUCAAGUUACAGAUGAAUGCUCAUGACCCAUGUUGACCUCAUUGAGAAGCUUCUGAACUACAAUAGUAACUCCCUCUAACUAAUGCAUGGGUGCUUGCUUUUGUGUGCAUAUUACUCACUACUCUAACUAGUUGCACUGAUAGAAUGUGCUAGCACAUGCAUAUUGUAACAUUAGUCCUAAAAGUAGCGUCAAUUCAUCUGGUUUAUGGUCGAGCCAAGUCGUAUAUUCUUAUCUGGGAUACAAAAUUCGUACCAUCUGGGAGUAGCUCUGUUUACUUGGUAAUCGACUGGUUUAACCCUGCCAUAUGUUUGCUAAAACAGAUCGGCAGACGCUCCAAAUAAUACUCAAGUUUGGAGCAUGUUUACUUGGUAAUCGACUGGUUUAACCCUGCCAUAUGUUGCUAAAACAGAUUGGCGUCUCCAAAUAAUACUUAAGUUUGGAGCAUUAUGGCAAGUAAAAAGGUCCCAAAAUUUCGUGUGAAUCCAUACCAUCUGGGAACUAGAUGAUUAUUUGAUUAUUGUCUUGUUUAAACCUGCUGUUGGUUGAAUAUCACUAACACUCCAAUUAAUGUGUAGCAUCGAAUCAUUAUUCAUCACGUAACCGGCUUUCUGUUUUGUUUGUGUAAACGGCAACGAAUUUCAACUUUUAUGCCUUUUCUUUCCACUGACGAUUCACCAUGUGUUGCUGCAGCUCUGGAGAAAAGCGAGGGCACUUAAAAGUCGGAACAUUGAGGUGAGUUCAAUGGAGGUACGGUGGUGGAGGAUACGGGUUGGUAUCUAAGCAUCGGACAGUACAAGGGUUCCCUCACGUUUCUGCUGCUUACGCUGCUAAUUUCGCCAUUGUCACUGGUUGCUACUGCGGUAAUGAUCUUCCCAUCCUAUUCUGGAAUUUCCUUUUCUAUUGUUCUUGUACUGUGGCUCAUCUAUGAAAAUGAAAUGAACUCCCUCCAUUGAAUGCUUAGUAGGAUCCUAGGCUAGAGCCUGGGUUUGAUUUUGGAGGUUUGCUUGCUUUAGUUGAAAUCCCAUCAGAGGAAAUUUCAGGGUAGAUCAUUAGAUGUUCAAAGGUUUUACCUUGAAAUAUUUGCAUGAUUGAUGCUAACAUUUUGGGAAGGAUUUUGCUUUCUCCUGGAAUUGGUUGAAUUCAUUCUCCUGUGCAGUUCUCACAAAUUGGUUGUGUGGGGGAAUCCCAACUUGAUUUUGAGAUCACUAGAUUGAUAUGUAAUCUAAGUACUGAGUUGAAUGAUAUCCUUCAGAAACUUGUAGGAAUUUACUAUUUACAUGUCCACUCACAUCUAGAAGAAAGCCGGUAAAUUAGAUUGCUAAUAAGAUUUUCCAUUAGCCUGGACGAGUGGCGCCGGGACCAUUUCAAGUUGAAGACAUGUAAAAACUGAGAGUACAGACUAUCUUCAAAGGAGGAUAUUGAUAACUCAUAACUGUAAUAAUCUAUAAGAGGUGCUCUACAUGUAUGAUUUGUGAUAAAAACUUGUUAUUGUCCACCAUUCGUUUUGUUGAAGGGCCAACAUGUUAUGUAGACAAUUCAUGAUCUAACUGGAACGCAACGGCUUUUCUACAGGUGCAAGGGAGUUCGUAAGAGUAACGCGCAAAUCAGACCCUGAUGAUCUGCUAAACUCUGCCAUUGCUGGUUUCAGUACAGAUGCUCUUCUUGGCCGUUUUCAAGGUAAACUCUUUCACCUCUAUUUGACUCUCUCUUAUCUGUCUCUAGAAAUCUGAAGUGCUUCUGUUUUCUGAGUUGCAGCUGGCCAACUCGGCGCUAUUCGCUACUCUUUCAUCUUCGCUGUCACGGGGACCUCAGUUGAUUUCGCUACCAUAAAACUCAGACCGAAACUAAAGAGUCUAAAAGAAUCCAUAUUUGGCAGCGAGGAAAACAAAGACGGUGGGUGGAAGCUACCUGAGUGGUUUCCCAUACAAGUGCUCGACGAGGAAGCCCUGGCUAAGAAAGAAGCUAGAGAGAAACAACUUCACGCACAAAGAGCAGCUCUUGUAAAACUAACCAAAGGAGAGUCUCAAAAAAGCAUGAACACCUUUUCGUGAUUUUGUCGGAGUCCCAGUUGUUUACUUGUUUUACCUGCCUGGCUUUCACUGCAACUGUAACUCAGCAAGCUGUGAGUUCUCAUAUUGUACAAAAGAAGUUGCAAGUCAUAAUAGAUUAUUCGACUUCACUAUACUGGCAUACGAUAUUUCUAGCAAGAGUGGAAUGCAUGAGUUUUUUUGUUUCUAUGAUGGAUUCACAAGUUUCUGAUGUGUCAUUCAAGGAAAAAUUCAGAGGCAUGGAAUCGUUUGGAUUCCGAGAUAGAUAAAAUAAGGUCCAGGGUGGUCGUUCUUUAUGGAUUUGCAAGUUUUAGUUCCAAUAUAGAUCAACUAAAGUUUAUUACUGUUGGUUUGUUGUUACUCGCAAGCUUUUGCCAUAGAUUAGGCGAUUUCUCGAAACGAUUUUUCGUAUGAGUUUACAGCUACGAUCAGAACGCUACCCGCCAACCACCAGAAUAUGGGGCUAUUCAAUUCCAAACGCCAAGUUUUUGAAACAAAAUCAGCAUAGCAAGCUCCACGCAACAACAAGUUGAGUCUUUGAGUGUCGUUUGGAGUAGAUACAGAGUGAAAACUACGUAACUCUGAUAAGGUUGCCAAAGACUUCUAUCACUACCCGCUAAACUACAACAACAACAAGAACCCUAGUUUACCACUACAUCUUCACACAUUAGCAUGCUCUAAUUAAUCUCCAUCCCAAGCAAGGCUCUAAAUGGCCUUACCUAUGAGAGCAGUGAAACUAAGGAGACAAACUCCAGGGUGACUCGACCUUUGGACCUUGUGUUUAUGACGAAAUGCUCGGGGUAUCUUCUCAGCAACAUGAGCAAGCCGUACCAUGGUUUAUCCUUGGCUUCGGGGCUCUUCCACUCCUCAGAUGUUAAAUAUCUUCUCACUCGACUGUGAUGCCAGACACUGCUAAACUGUUCCAACAGCUGAAACACGGGUAGAAAAUUGUACGAGGUUAUUGAUAAGCUUCCGAGGAUCUUGCUCAACAACAUACUUAAUUACUUAUUCAUUGCAGGCUAAGCAUCUCUAAUCAAUGACGGGUAGAAUC